GGCCCCCGCCCCCGGCCCCGGCCCCGCGGGGCCUCCCGCCCCCACCCAGGGGGCGUCGCCGCCGCCGUCGCCGCGGCGCUCCGCGGCCCGCAAGGCGCCCUCCUUCCCUCCCUCCCUCCCGCCGGCCGGGGUGCGCGGGCGGCGGGGCGGCCCGCGGGCCAUGCGUUCGGCGCGGCCCAGCCCGGCCGGCCGGGGGCGGCGCCCCGAGCCCGGGCCCCGCGCGGCCCGCGCCCCCGGCCCCCGCUGAGCCCCGGGGGCCCCGCUGCGGCCGAGGCCAUGUUCCCGGUGUUUCCUUGCACGCUGCUGGCCCCCCCCUUCCCCGUGCUGGGCCUGGACUCCCGGGGGGUGGGCGGCCUCAUGAACUCCUUCCCGCCACCUCAGGGUCACGCCCAGAACCCCCUGCAGGUCGGGGCUGAGCUCCAGUCCCGCUUCUUUGCCUCCCAGGGCUGCGCCCAGAGUCCAUUCCAGGCCGCGCCGGCGCCCCCGCCCACGCCCCAGGCCCCGGCGGCCGAGCCCCUCCAGGUGGACUUGCUCCCGGUGCUCGCCGCCGCCCAGGAGUCCGCCGCGGCUGCUGCGGCCGCUGCCGCCGCUGCUGCCGCCGUCGCUGCCGCGCCCCCGGCCCCUGCCGCCGCCUCCACGGUGGACACAGCGGCCCUGAAGCAGCCUCCGGCGCCCCCUCCGCCACCCCCGCCAGUGUCGGCGCCCGCGGCCGAGGCCGCGCCCCCCGCCUCCGCCGCCACUAUCGCCGCGGCGGCGGCGGCGGCGGCCACCGCCGUCGUAGCCCCAACCUCGACGGUCGCCGUGGCCCCGGUCGCGUCUGCCUUGGAGAAGAAGACAAAGAGCAAGGGGCCCUACAUCUGCGCUCUGUGCGCCAAGGAGUUCAAGAACGGCUACAAUCUCCGGAGGCACGAAGCCAUCCACACGGGAGCCAAGGCCGGUCGGGUCCCCUCGGGUGCUAUGAAGAUGCCCACCAUGGUGCCCCUGAGCCUCCUGAGCGUGCCCCAGCUGAGCGGAGCCGGCGGGGGAGGGGGAGAGGCGGGUGCCGGCGGCGGCGCUGCCGCAGUGGCCGCCGGUGGCGUGGUGACCACGACCGCCUCGGGGAAGCGCAUCCGGAAGAACCACGCCUGCGAGAUGUGUGGCAAGGCCUUUCGCGACGUCUACCACCUGAACCGACACAAGCUGUCGCACUCGGACGAGAAGCCCUACCAGUGCCCGGUGUGCCAGCAGCGCUUCAAGCGCAAGGACCGCAUGAGCUACCACGUGCGCUCACAUGACGGCGCUGUGCACAAGCCCUACAACUGCUCCCACUGUGGCAAGAGCUUCUCCCGGCCGGAUCACCUCAACAGUCACGUCAGACAAGUGCACUCAACAGAACGGCCCUUCAAAUGUGAGAAAUGUGAGGCAGCUUUCGCCACGAAGGAUCGGCUGCGGGCGCACACAGUACGACACGAGGAGAAAGUGCCAUGUCACGUGUGUGGCAAGAUGCUGAGCUCGGCUUAUAUUUCGGACCACAUGAAGGUGCACAGCCAGGGUCCUCACCAUGUCUGUGAGCUCUGCAACAAAGGUACUGGUGAGGUUUGUCCAAUGGCGGCGGCGGCGGCGGCAGCGGCGGCGGCGGCAGCGGCAGCAGUAGCAGCCCCUCCCACAGCUGUGGGCUCCCUCUCGGGGGCGGAGGGGGUGCCUGUGAGCUCUCAGCCACUUCCCUCCCAACCCUGGUGAGCUCCAAGUUGGUUGCGGGGGAGAGGGGAAAAUGGAGUAUAGAGUCCCUUGGUACAAGCUCCUCUCCCCCCUCUUUUCCCACCAACUCCUAUUUCCCCACCAACCAAGGAGCCUCCAGAAGGAAAGGAGAAAGAAAUGUUUUCUUAGGGGAAUUCGCUAGGUUUUAACGAUUUGUUUCUCCUGCUCCUCUCUUCUAUCAGACCUGACCCCACACAAACCUGUCCCCUCGGUUGUGUUGAAGUCCCCUGGACAGUGGGCAGGGGUGGCAGAGGACACGAGCAGCCACUGCCCGUACCCCCUCUCCUCUCUGUAAGCCCAUGCCCUGUCUUCCCAGGGACUUGUGAGCCUCUUCCCUCGACGGUCCUCUUCUCUCCUUCCAGUCCUCUCCCCCUGCUGUCUGCAGCCCCUCCCCGGGGAGUUGGUGCUUUCUUUUCCUUUUUUUUUUUUUUUUCCAGGGGGAGGGAGGAGAGGAAGGAGGGGGAUCAGAGCUGUCCCAAAGAGGGAAAGCGGUGAGGUUUGAGGAGGGGCAGAAGCAGGGCCGAUAAAGGUUGUACCUUCAUAAGGUGGUAUGGGGGUUUGGGGUCAGGCCCUGAACAUCGUCCUACUUGAGAAUUUGUCAGAGGAAAAAGUCAAGGGGAGCAGGAGGAAGAGCCAGGAGGGCCAGAGGCAGAGAAGAGAUGAAGUCUUAGGGGCCAGGGUGAGCGAGGGGUCCAGGGCCUAGAGGUGCUUCCUGGGGGCGGGGGAAUGCAGCCAGUGUCCCCCUCCCCUCUUCCACCCCAGCUCCAGCCCUGGUCUUGUCUUUUCAUCCCUCUUCCCCACGACAGAAGAAGUUGUGGCCCUGACCAUGUCAUCGUGUUCCUGUGUCCCCUGCAUGUACCCCACCCUCCACCCCUUCCUUUUGCGCGGACCCCAUUACAAUAAAUUUUAAAUAAAAUCCUGUUUCUGGCUCUGGAUUGAA